CAAGAAGAAAGCAUAAAUAGAACCACAAGUUAGGCGGUGGUGGUGGUCACAGAGCACAAACUCUGACGGUCCAGGUGCCACCCCUGGAGUGUGAGUUUGAGGCGGCUUUUGUGGGUUACGUUGACAAACUGGCGCCGAAUCGUGUCGUCGUCGAGGCCCAGGAAGGUCUCCAACGCUCGGAGGAAGGUGCAAUUGCUGGAAGGAGGACGUGCACUGGAUGCUGUCGAAUACGUUCGGGAACUGUCAAACAGGUCGGGGCGGUAGAUCUGCAGUUUCGAGAGCACGGUGGUGACGAAGUACGACAGCGCACGUUUGCGGGUUUGCAAGAGCACUGGCGAGUGCCGACGACGGAAAAAGUCCUUCUUCGGAAAUGGAAUGCAUUGCACGAUGGGGUGCAUGGUCCAGAACGGGCACGAUCCUUGUACACAAGUACACGCGGCGCGGUGCUGGCCAUCCGACACGCGAAGCAACGUUUGGUACAAGCGCCGCCACUCCGAGUACGUCUUGGCGACGGUGUGCGACGGCAACGUGCCGAGGGAGUGAGCAAAGGGACCAACGUUUGGUCGAAUCAAUACGACAUACGCUGGUGAAUAGGACACGUCGUCUACGUCCACCACGUCUGCGUGGAUGUCUCGCAGGAUGCAAACACUUGCGGAUGAGCUACGGAGGCAUGUGGAGGACAUCUCGGAGGAACGAAGUGCGACGGUAGUGAUUGUGGUUGGCGGCGGCGUCCUUUGCGUCCGUCGUGGCAGGCGGGAUCGUCGACCUUGGUCUAUCGACAGAGUGG